CCCUGAUUGGCUCUACAUCGGAGGCGGUGGUUCAGGGGUCCGAGAAUCUUGCAAGCCGGACACGUGGUAACGAACUGCGAGGAGUUUGAGGGGUCUCAAGGCCAAAAAAGUUGGGAGUUGUGCACGAGAACACAUCUCUGCAUCUAAGAACAUGGUGGCCAAUGUCAUCUAGAGCUCCCAAGGACCUAAUGACAGACUUUGGACUAAGAAUGAAGAAAGCUAUUUCUUCAGUUGAGAGAGUGGGAAGGGGAGAUGAGAGAAAAUGUUUUCAGGAUUGAGUGGAUGAUUAGUCACAUUUGAAGCUCUUCUGUUAAAAGAUGGGACUCCUAGAACAUGUUUAUUGUUUCUUUCCACAAGGAUAGGACAAGGAGGUCCCCAAGAGAAAGGACCUAGAGGAAUCCCCCAGAAUGAAGCUGAGUCUUACCAAGGUAGUUAAUGGCUGUCGCCUAGGAAAAAUAAAAAACCUGGGCAAAACAGGAGACCGCACCAUGGACAUUCCAGCCUGCCUUCUGUACACCAAGACCGGCUCUGCCCCACACCUGACCCAUCAGACACUGCAUGCUAUCCACGGGGUUCCUGCCAUGGCUCAGCUUACACUGUCCUCACUGGCAGAACACCAUGAGGUCUUGGCAGAAUAUAAGGAAGGAAUUGGAAAGUUCAUAGGCAUGCCAGAAUCGCUCUUGUACUGUUCCCUGCAUGAUCCAGUCAGCCCCUGCCCAGCUGGUUAUGUAACGAACAAGUCUGUGUCGGUGUGGGGUGUUGGGGGACGAGUCGAAAUGACUGCUUCCAAGUUCAUGGCAAUUCAGCAGGCCCUUCAGCCAGACUGGUUCCAGUGCCUCUCAGAUGGAGAGGCAUCUUGUGAGGAAGCAACUUCCAUAAAAAGAGCCAGAAAGUCUGUUGAUCGAUCACUUCUAUUCCUGGAUAAUUGUCUCCGGCUGCAGGAAGAGUCAGAGGUCCUUCGGAAAAGUACCAUCAUUGGUGUGAUUGAAGGUGGAGAUGUGAUGGAGGAGAGACUGAGGUCAGCACGAGAGACAGCCAAGCGGCCCGUAGGUGGCUUCCUUCUGGAUGGCUUUCAAGGGAAUCCCACAACCCUGGAAACUAGACUGUACUUGCUGUCAUCAGUCACUGCAGAGCUGCCGGAGGACAAACCCAGGCUCAUCUGUGGAGUCAGCCGACCAGAUGAGGUGCUCGAGUGUAUUGAAAGAGGAGUGGACUUAUUUGAGAGUUUCUUCCCUUAUCAAGUGACAGAGCGUGGAUGUGCCCUGACUUUCAGCUUUGAUUACCAGCCGAACCCUGAAGAGACGUUAUCACAACAAAAUGGGACACAGGAAGAAAUAAAAUACGCAGAUCAAACAAAGAAAAUUAAAACAACCAGUUGCAACCAAGAAAUUACAUCAUUUGAAAUUAAUCUGAAGGAAAAAAAGUACCAGGAGGACUUUGAUCCACUUGUGAGAGGGUGUUCCUGUUACUGCUGUAAGAAUCAUACUCGUGCGUACAUCCACCAUCUGCUGGUGACCAACGAGCUGUUGGCUGGAGUCCUGCUUAUGAUGCACAACUUUGAACACUAUUUUGGUUUUUUCCACUCCAUCCGGGAAGCACUAAGAAGUGACAGACUGGCACAGUUGAAAGAGCUCAUCCGCAGGCAAGCGUCUUGAGACCUGGCAUACACAAAUCAGACUUUUCACACUGAGACCGCCCCACUGUUGUCACACAGGAAGAAGAGAAGGAGAAACAAUCUUAGUUUUAAUUAUUUGUAUUUGAGAAUAAGGUGUACGCAAAUAAGGAAUGUUUGUAUCAAACUCUGCCUCCAUGAGAAAGGAGAUUUCAUAUAAAGACUUAAGUGACCCCAACUGAUCAGAAAGAAUUAAACCAUGACCUUUAAUAUUUCAAUGCUAACUUUUUUUUUUUUUUUUUUUUUUUGAGAGAGAGAGAGAGAGAGCGUAUGUUUGCGCAUGUGGGGGCAGGGGCAGAGGGAGAGGGAGAAUCUUAAGCAGGCUCCAUGCUCAAUGCAGAGCCUGAUACGGGGCUUGAUCUCACAACUAUGAGAUCAUGACCUGAGCCAAAAUCAAGAGUCAGACACUUAACUGACUGAGCCAUCCAGGCGCCCCUCAGUGCUAACUCUUUUAGUCAAUGGAGAUUCGUUUAGUCAAAGACGAAAGCUUUAGGUGAGAAGGGACAGCCUUGAAGUGGGGUUGAUGAGAUUGUGUGGGUUCGUUGAAUUAGAUUAGAGCUGGAAAGGAGAUGAUUGGUCAUGAGCAGCAUGACUUCUGUAGACAUAUGGCUGUUGACUGUAAAAGGCAUCUAGCUGAUUUAAGAGCUUCCUAGUUUUAAUUCUUAUAUUCUCAGGGCCCUCUUGGACACUUCUGCCUUCCAACCUGCCCCAGUACUGCAGUCAGUCAGAAAAGGUUCUUGGGACUUAACCAGGCUCACAUCUUCAUGGAAUGUGGGGCUCACACAUUUCUCCUAUGAUCAGUUGGCCCAGGAUACACUCUUUCAUUUGACCACGUUAUCCGUAUGUGACUUGUCUAUGUCCAUGCAGUGGCCUGUUAUGAGCCGAAAAGUUUGCCCAGAUGUUUUUGUCUGGUCAUACAGAUCCACUAUGGUCUACUCUGGGCUCCUUAAUAGUCUAAGCACAUAACAAGUGUAGCCCCAUCACUGCACAUCAUUCACUAUGUGCCCACUUGGAUGGAGCCCUGGCCUGGCAAUUACAAGAUUGGGUUUCACUUCUACUCAGCUGUGACACCUGAGCAAAUCACUUAACCUCCCCUUGCCUAUUUCCUCCUGAACAAACAGGGACAGGUAUGGUGGAUAGCACCACAUGACCUUCUAAAAUUCCAUCCAGCUCUAAUGAUUGGGGAGCAAGAAGUUUUAGAUUGGAGGCAGCCUUCUUGUGUCCUGGUUUAUUGAUCACUGUUGGCCUGGUGAAAAAUGCAGUGGGCAAAAUGCUAGAAUCGGGCAAUAGUAGAGAAGUUUGCGAGCCUUGAAAGAGGUUAGCCUGUGAAUUCUGAAGUGCUUGGUGAAUUGGCAUCAGAUCCUGAGGCUGUGAAAUCUUCUUGGGGCAUCUCUGAUUCUAUGAGUUUUCUGCUCUCACCAAAAGAGUGACAUUCAUGUUGAUAGUGCGACAGGUAAUUUUCAUUUUCUUUAGGCUUUUGUAUAUUUGUCAUGUUUUCUGUAAGAAUAUAUAUACACUUGUGUACACACACAGUUUUUGUAAAAACAACAGAACCAAAAAGAUGCCUUUGUUUUUAUAGGAGCAUGGAAUAUAUUUGUUUUACAUUAUUAGAAUAUAUUUUGCUGUUUGUUCAUUUCAGUGGGCAUUACUGAACAUUGUGUUUAAUUAUUAUGUGGUUACUAUAUUUUUAUGUGUUGGGUAUCUAUAUGUUUUUCUUUUAUUAAUGGUUUAGGAAGGUUCGUAGCAUUCCUAUAAUCUCUCUGCCAUGAAUGGCAAGGGUACUUAUGAAAGAGUUUCUGCUCUCAAAGAGCUGAUUGCUUUGAAAUAGAUUAGACUUAUUCAUAUGUUUGUAUUCCUGUUCAAUGUCAAAUCCUUUGUUGGAGGAAUAUUAAUAAAUAUCCCAGAAUCCAUAUAAAA